ACUCUCGAAUCUUUAUUUGCUGAGGAGCGCUCGUCCCGUUAUUCGCUUUAAUUAUCUUUAUCAGUAAUUAUUUGGUUUGUUCGAAUAAGCAAAUUACUAAUUUUGGCGAAAUAGGCAAAGCCCCGCGUGGCGUUGCCUGCCAAUCUGUAGAAAUGUCAUAAACAUGGUGUGAAAGGAAAGAGCGAGUUUUCCAGUCGGUGGGCGAUUUUUUUCUCCAUCAUUAAUAAUCACCGGGAGGAAUUUCUCUCGCUUCUUAUCAAACGCAACCAUGUCUGGAAAACACUUCAACGUGCACGAAGUGGGAUGUUGCAUCAAAUACUUUAUAUUUGGAUUUAAUAUUAUAUUUUGGCUGCUCGGGGUGGCGUUCCUGUCUGUGGCUCUGUGGGCCUGGAGUGAGAAGGGAGUUCUCUCCAACAUAUCCUCCAUCACAGAUCUGGGUGGCUUUGACCCGGUGUGGCUGUUUCUUGUGGUCGGUGGAGUGAUGUUCGUCCUCGGCUUCGCAGGGUGCAUUGGUGCUCUGAGAGAAAACUCCUUUCUCCUUAAGUUUUUUUCCGUUUUUCUGGGAAUCAUUUUUUUCCUGGAGUUGACGGCGGGAGUCUUGGCAUUUGUCUUUAAGGACUGGAUUAAAGACCAGCUCAAGUUCUUCAUCAACAACAACAUCAGAGCAUACAGAGACGACAUUGACCUACAGAAUCUCAUCGAUUUCACACAAGAUUAUUGGGAGUGUUGCGGAGCUUUUGGACCUGAAGACUGGAAUCUGAACAUUUACUUUAAUUGUACUGACACUAAUUUGAGCAGAGAGAAGUGCGGGGUUCCCUUUUCCUGCUGCACCAAGGACCCCGCUGAGGAUGUGAUCAACACACAGUGUGGAUAUGACAUACGAGGGAAGGGUGACAUUGAACACAAGACGUUUAUACACACGAAAGGAUGUGUGCCGCAGUUCGAGAAAUGGCUACAGGAGAAUCUAACCGUAGUUGCCGGAAUCUUCAUAGGAAUUGCACUUCUACAGAUAUUUGGGAUCUGUCUGGCACAGAAUCUACUGAGUGACAUUGAGGCAGUCAGGGAGAGCUGUUUGUUCACCUGAAGCCGGUCUGCAGCCAGAGCCUCCAUAUCUGUCACUCAGCAACAGGGUUGGCACAUUGUCAUCACAGUAUCCUAGCAACCAGAGAGAGAUUCUAUUCACGUACACCGCCUUUAUUACAGUGUACGGCGACAUCUUCAUGUUUCCAUGAUAAUGGUGUCCGCUGGUAGAUUUGUUUUUGAUCCUCGUUCACUUAAACUAAAUCCACCCAGUGUUAGCACACCAAGUCUACAUUCAACUCAUUUCUGUUCUGAUAACAAAAUACUGACCACUUGCAUUAUGUCUGUUCUUUAAGUGCCCCUAUUAUGCUAUCAUUAAAGGUUGCUAACUUUAAAUAUGUUUACAUUCAUCCAAUUUUCUAUAGCAUCUACAUUGCAGCAGUACCUCUUUUCUUAAGGUGUAUAUAUUACUAUUGAUUUAAGGGUGCGGUCUCUUUAAAUCCCUCCUCUCCGAGUGCCUGCUCUGCUCUUAUUGGUCAGAUGAACCAGUCUGUGAUUGCUCUACCACCUACAGCACGUGUCACCAUAUCUGAAUUUUUAGCUUCAGUGGUUUUCUUAGCACUUCUAAAACAAUAAACAGUAACUCAUUCAAACACAACUCAUUCGUUUGUUAGUGCAUACAAAAUGGAUUUGUUUUUGCAGUGCAACAAAAUAGCAUCUUCUCACCACGUCAGCCACAUUAACCAAACGCUUCCAGGCCUCUGCUAUGACUACAGUGAUUGAAGGUCAAAGAAGACAAUGUUUGCAAGCAAUUAAUGAAAACUAUAUGCAAACAUUUAAGCAAAUUUGUUACCAACCGAUUUUUGUGUGGAAAGUAAUGCUGAAAUUACUGACAACUCAUUUCGGGGAGUUCAGAAACAGUUCUUUUAUUUUGGAACUGCAUUUAUCACGCACUUUCGUUUUUUUAAAUCAGAUUUUAUAUUUAUUUGUAGUAUUAUUUACUCCAAAAUAUAUUUAUUUGGCUUUUUAUUUGAACUCCAGAACUAAAA